AUGCGUGAUAUGCAAGGGGAUUUGAAUGAACUGCCUCAAGAGUUUGAAACUUUUUUUGAAAAUUCUGGAAAACCUUUAUUUUCUGGAUGUAGUAAAUUUACAAAGUUAUCAUCAAUGCUUAAAUUGUAUAACUUAAAAGCAAAGAAUAGGUGGAGUGAUAAGAGUUUCACGGAGUUAUUGAAACUUUUAAAGGACAUGCUUCCUGAUGAUAACGAACUUCCUUGUUCAACUUAUGAGGCAAAGAAAAUGUUAUGUCCGUUGAGUAUAGACAUUGAAAGGAUCCAUGCAUGUCCAAACGAUUGUAUUUUGUAUUGGAAACAAUACAAAGACUUGCAUGUGUGUCCGAAGUGGGGAGCAUCGCGUUAUAAACAGAAAGGAUACGAUGAUGCAUGUGAGAAGAAGAAAGGUGCUCCUGCGAAGGUGUUGUGGUAUCUACCGGUGAUUCCAAGGUUCAAGCAUUUGUUUGCAAAUCCAAAUGAUGCAAACAAUUUGCAAUGGCAUGCUGUUGGUAGAAAAGAAGAUGGAAAGUUGAUACAUCCCGCCGAUUCUCCUCAAUGGAAGAACAUUAAUAUGAAGUUUCCUGAAUUCGGUUCCGAAAACCGAAAUCUUAGGCUUGGACUAUGCACAGAUGAAAUGAAUCCUCAUGGAAACGACAUAGAUGUGUACUUGACACCGCUUAUUGAAGAUUUAAAGAUACUGUGGAAUGAAGGUGUGGCGGUGUUUGAUGCUCAUAGCCAAACCAACUUCACCUUGCGAGCCAUGUUGUUCUGCACAAUCAAUGACUUCCCAGCAUAUGGUAACUUGUCAGGAUAUACUACUAAAGGGGCUAAGGCAUGCCCUAUUUGUGAAGAUGAAACAGAUGAUCUUUGGCUAAAUAAUAGUAAGAAAAAUGUGUUCAUGAGUAAUCGAACCUUUCUGCCUAUUGACCAUCCUUAUAGAAAGAAGAAAAAAGUUUUCAAUGGAAAAUCUAAGACUAGAGUGGCUCGCUUACCAUUAUCAGGGGAUGUCGUUUAUGAAAGAGUCAAAAACAUUGAUAUUGUGUUUGGAAAAACUUCAAAAACAAGUCAGAUGGGUAUUUGGAAAAAGAGGUCUAUAUUCUGGGAUUUACCAUAUUGGGAGCACUUAUUUGUUAGAUAUUGUCUUGAUGUAAUGCAUGUAGAGAAAAAUAUUUGUGAUAGCAUUAUCGGGACAUUGUUGAAUAUUCCAGGUAAGACGAAAGAUGGUAUAAAAGCUAGAAAAGAUAUGGUUGAAAUGGGGAUAAGGGAUCAGUUAACACCACAAGAAUCGGGAAAGAGGGCAUACUUACCUCCAGCUUGUUAUACUUUGUCUAAAAAGGAGAAAACAAGUUUUUGUAGCUGUCUGAAUGGUAUUAAGGUUCCUUCCGGCUAUUCAUCUAAUAUUAAAAAACUUGUUUCAAUGAAGGACCUUAAAUUGGUUGGUAUGAAAUCUCAUGAUUGCCAUGUGUUAAUGCAACAUAUGUUACCUGUUUCUAUUAGAGGCAUAUUACCAAACCAUGUUAGACAAACCAUUACCAAGCUUUGUUACUUUUUCAAUGCCAUUAGUAGUAAAGUUGUUGAUCCAAAUGUGUUAGAUUCGUUGCAAGUUGAUGUGAUAGUAACUUUAUGCCAAUUUGAAAUGUAUAUGUAUCCAUUUGAGAGAUACAUGGGAAUUUUGAAAGGAUAUGUGAGAAAUCGAUAUAGGCUAGAAGGGAGUAUAAUUGAAGCUUAUGGCGCUGAAGAAGUCAUUGAUUUUUGUACUGAUUAUUUGUCUAAUGUUGAGUCCAUUGGUGUUUCUAAAUCACGUCAUGAAGGAAGACUCACAGGAAAAGGUAUCAUUGGGUAUAAAGCUAUUAUACCAAAUGCAAAAAUGCGAAAUCAGGCUCAUCAUCUCGUACUACAGCACCUUUCUGAGGUUCAUCCAUACUUGGAUCAACACAUGUCUAUUCUGAGGAAACAAAAUCCUUCUAAGGGUGAAAGAUGGAUAACAAAUGAACACAAUAACACUUUUAUCAGCUGGUUCAAAGAUACAGUGUUCCAAGAGUUAUCUCAAGUGUCCAAUAAUAUUAGUGAAACCAUUCGAUGUGGAGUGACAUUAGUAGCACUAUCAAGAGACUUUUCUAGUGCUAAAGAUACUAACCCGGUAGAUACUGCUUUGUCAUACUAUGGAGUCAUUGAAAAAAUUUGGGAACUUGAUUAUAAGGUGUUUAAGAUUCCUCUAUUCCGAUGUUCUUGGGUUGAUAACAGACGAGGUGUUCGAGUAGAUGAUAUGAGUUUUACCUUAGUUGAUCUUGGUCAACUGGAUAUCGUGAUGAACCGUUUAUACUUGCAUCUCAAGCUAAACAAGUCUUCUAUGUUUCUAAUCCAAUUGAUAGUGAAGAUAACAUUGAUACCAGUUACAUGCGUACUGAUCAUGGAGAAGGAUUGUAGGUUGACCAUCCGAUAG